AUGGCGCUUGUUGAACACCGGAGUAGUAGGCUGGUCGCUUCCGACGUUCAACCAAUCAACGUCGAGCCCCACCCAGCAGGUUUUCAGGGCCACUUAGAAGUACCUACCCCGGAGCAGGGAGUCCCGGGCUGUAUCCCUCUCCAGGGGUGUCAGGUCAACGAACUGCCCGCCAAUCAAGAUGAGCCUGGACGCCAUCUUUUUGAAAUUGUUCCCGUGGGCAGUGGAGAAAAAGAUCGAACAGGUAUCAGCCAUGAGUCCUUCCUGCUGAUGGCCAACUCUCAAAGUGACAUGGAGGAAUGGGUCAGAGCCAUACGGCGAGCUAUACGGGCUCCACUUGGAGGGGGUGUCUUCGGGCAGCACCUGGAAGAGACUAUGCUGUGUGAGGGCCAAAGUGGCCCCCACUGUCCGGUGCCUGUGCUGGUGGAACAGUGUGUGUCCUUCAUACGUCAGCAUGGGCUCAACGAGGAGGGGCUUUUCAGGGCCCCUGGACAGACCAAUCACGUUCGAGAGCUGCAGGACGCAUUUGACCGCGGUGAGAAGCCAGUGUUUGACAGUACGACGGACAUCCACACAGUGGCGUCCCUGCUGAAGCUGUACAUACGAGAGCUGCCAGAGCCAGUAAUCCCUUUCCCCAAAUACACACUGUUCCUCUCUUGUGCUCAGCUCCUUAUCAAGGACAAGGAAAUGGGUAUCGCAGAGCUCGGCAAGCAGGUGAACACACUUCCUCAGGUCAACUACAAUCUCCUCAAGUACAUCUGCAAGUUUCUAGAUGAAGUUCAGGCCCACUCUAGCGAGAAUAAGAUGAGCGUCCAGAACCUGGCUACCGUGUUUGGACCCAACAUUCUCCGGCCCAGAGUGGAGGAUCCAGUCACAAUGAUGGAAGGAAGCUCCCUGGUGCAGCACCUGAUGACAGUGCUGAUCAGUGAACAUUCACGUCUGUACCAGCAGGAAGAUCUUGAAAUGGAAACCAAGAAUACCAAGCAGCCACAACAGAGUCCAUCCCAACGGUGCACGGUGGAGUGGGUCUCCCAGGACGACAACGUGCACAAACCCUGUCUUUUCUCAGACUCUGACACCAAGCCCCCUCCGGAGGUGCUGCAGUCCUCCACUCCCUCUAUGGACAGCAAAAAUGAAGAAACAACCCCCCUUGGAGCCCCUGAGAAGAUCGAAAAUUGUCAGACUGAAGUGAAGGGCAAGGCAAAGACUGAGGGGAGAGUGGAAGGGGAAAGAGAUGACGGGAAAGCCGGUGGCGAGGUAGCUGUUAGCCCCUGUAAACAGUCCAAAACCCUGCCGUCUUGGAGUCGCUCCUUCAAGGGAGGGCCAGGGUCUGGGGGACCUAGGGGAAAAAUGGGGGGAUCAGCGGGAGAUGUGUCCGUGGCUGGUGGGGGCAACUGGCUGAUGAAUGGCCUGUCAUCUCUACGAGCUCACAAACGCACUGCCUCCUCUGGUGAAAGGCUAAAAGAUUCAACACUUUCACUGAAGGAGUCGACGCUCUCCCUUAAGGAAACCACUCUUUCUCUCACAGACUCCCAGAAAGACUCUCUCCAAGACCCGCUUCACUCUCCAACAACCUCAGCUCUCGCGAACAGAGUCCUUGACAAAUCCCACAGACUGUCUGCCUAUGAAAAUGUCACAGUUGCUCCUUCUAGUCUAAGCCUGCCUGCCGAGACCUCCGCCCUCUGGACCUCGUUUGCGAUGUCAUUAACAGAACAAAACGAAAGUGACCAGGGGUCUGGGUUAAGGCCGAGUGUCAAUACCCUGGAUCACAGUGGGAGCAUCACUGGCACUAGUAGUGACUCUGAGCUGGGGGACGAUAUCAAGGGCCAGGGGCAAGGAACAAGCGAAGGUGCCGCCAACUUAGUGGCUGAGCUCAAACGGGAAUUGAAGAGACAGAGGAUUGGCUACGAAAACCGCAUUCGCAAGUUGGAGGAUUCCUGUUCGAAAUAUCAGUUCCAAGUGGGCCGCCUUGAGGAGGAACUGGAUCAGGAGAAGAAGCGGUUCCAAAUGCUGGAGAUCCGACUCAGGAACUCGGAGAGGGCGCAUCAACAUGCAGAGAACCGGAACAUUCUUCUUCAGAAGGAGAUGGAGGAGUUCUUCAGGACCCUGGGAGACCUCACGACAGGAGCAGCAAGGAUCAAUUGAAAUUAGACCAACCUGCCUUCAUCUAGCCAACCAGAGGAGACUGACAAACAUUUUCACUAGGAAAGGGGCCAGCUAGCCCCAGCUUUGAAGACCAAAUACCUCCUGUGCAGUACUACUCAACGGCGUGUCCUCCUUAGCAUGGCCUUCUUGUGCCUGUUUUGCCCAGCGAUGGUGCCAAACUACAAAUCUUCUAGACCAAAAGGAUCACCAUGCAUUUUACUGUUCCAUAAAAGCCUGAAGAUUACUGUUCCCAAAAAUCCUGAAGAUUACUGUUCCACAUCAUUAAUCACAUAGCUUCAUUUUUCCCCUCCUUCUAUAAGAGACUAACAAGAUAAUAAAUGUAGGCUGUAGUCGUUCCUUUGGCUAUUAGAGUGAGAAUCUAUGGUUAUUUUCACUUUUUGACUCACGUUCUUGCAAGACACUGGGUUGAGAAUAAACAGAACAAUGCCAUAAAAUGUUAAAAUUCAACCUUUAUUCCCUUUUAUUCACAGG